AUGGAAAACGAAAUCGCGCCGUUUACUUACAGUGGCAGCUCCGCCGGCGUCUUUGGAAUGAGGAAUUCACACGGAGAGCAAUCCGGUGGUGGCAGCGUCGGCUCGCCUACUCUCUUAUGCGACCGAUUCAUCAACUCCAGUCGCAGCGUUAUGCAGCAGCAGCGCCAGGAUAUGGUGAAUCGCGAGGCGUUGUGCUACACGCGCCUCCAGGAAGCCGCGCUGGAAGCGAAAGUCCUCCGUCUAGAGAACACCGAGCUCCGAUCGAUGAAUCUCCACCUCAAGAAAGAGCUCAAUCAGCUGAUCCGAUCCUCGAUUCAGAGCCGCUUGGACUACGACAGGGUUCCGCUUCGGAUGCUCAGCAACCUCUCGAUCGGAGGGAAUCGCGACGCCGCCGCCGACGACGUGGAGAAUCAGAACAAUCAGAACCGCGCGGUUAAUCAGAACCGUAACGCCGAUGAGGUUAGCGAUGAGAGUCCGACGAGCGUUAUUGAGAACGAGGAUCAGAUUCAGAACCGUUCGUCGCUUCCGAAGAGCAUCUCCGUCAGAUCCAGCGGUUACUCGAAGGCGAGCCAGGGAGGUGUUGCGGCUGCUCAAUCUGGAAAAUCUCGCGGAGCUAUGCCUAAGCCUGGGUCUUGCGGUCAACAACACAACUCGACGCAGAAGGUGUUUGUUCGAGGAGGGAAGAAAGAAGAGGAGGAGGAGAUAGAAGUGGAGGUGUACAAUCAAGGGAUGACGAAGACGGAGCUGUGCAACAAGUGGCAAGAGACGGGGACGUGCCCAUAUGGUGACCAUUGCCAAUUCGCUCACGGCAUUAAAGAACUCCGCCCAGUGAUCCGCCAUCCUCGCUACAAGACUGAGGUUUGCAGGAUGGUUCUUGCCGGUGACAACUGUCCUUAUGGUCACCGUUGCCACUUUCGUCACUCGCUAACUGAGCAAGAGAAGCUCGUUGCUUCUGGUUACAAGCCCAAGUCCUCCUCCUCCUUCAAGCUUCUCAAAUGA